GGCAGUUAAGUAGCUUGACUUAUCUGCAGUUACGCAAAAACUCAGCAGCGCAUUAGUUUUGCCUCUUUCCAAAUGUAUCAAAAAGCGCCGUCGUUUGUCGUUGACACCUUGUAUUAAGUAAGUUGCACGUUUUUCCCACAUUAAUCGUUUGUUUCGGUUGAACGGUGAGGUGGUCCACAUGGAGUCCUAUCACGUCCUGAACCUGGUGGGAGAGGGCUCUUUCGGCCGAGUUUACAAGGGGAGGAAAAAGUUCACCGGCCAAGUUGUCGCUCUAAAGUUUAUGCCGAAAGUGGGUCGGUCGGAAAAAGAGCUGCGAAGUCUGAAGAGGGAAAUAGAAAUCAUGAGAGAUCUUCAGCACCCAAAUAUAGUGCAGCUCUUUGACAGCUUUGAGACUGAAACCGAGGUUGUGGUUGUCACCGAGUAUGCGGAGGGCCAGCUGUUCCAGGUUUUGGAGGAUGACGGAAGCUUGCCAGAGAGCCAGGUGCGGGAGAUAGCCUGCCAGCUGGUCUCAGCUCUGUAUUAUUUACACUCCCAUCGCAUCCUUCAUCGAGACAUGAAACCACAAAAUAUCCUGCUAGGAAAAAGUGGCGUGGUGAAGCUCUGUGACUUUGGGUUUGCCAGAGCAAUGAGUGUCUCCACCCUGGUCCUGACUUCUAUCAAGGGAACACCGCUGUACAUGUCUCCCGAGAUUGUAGAGGAGAAGCCGUAUGACCACACCGCCGAUCUCUGGGCUCUGGGCUGCAUUUUGUAUGAACUCCACACGGGGGUGCCACCGUUCUACACUAACUCCAUCUUCCACUUGGUGCAGCUCAUUGUGAGAGAUCAGGUCAAGUGGCCGGAGACGAUGAGCGACAGCUGCAUGAGUUUCCUGAAGGGUUUGUUGACUAAAGACCCGCAGAAACGCUUGUCAUGGCCAGACCUCCUGCACCAUCCCUUUGUUGCUGAUGGUGUUUUAGUGCUGUCAGACACAAACCUCUUCAGCCCCUUGACUGUCACGCCCAGCCCAGACGUGGUGGCGCUGAAACUGAAGCAAGUGGCAGAAAAGUCUGUGCCGUCAUCGGGAGAGGGCGGGUUACUGAGAAAGGUCAGGGAGCAGAUGGAGAACAAAGGGAGGGACGCAAAAGGCGGAGACGGUGGAAAAAAAAAGAAGGAGGGACGCGAAAGGGGGAAGUCUGCCACAGUGACAGCAUCCCCUGAGGUGUGCGUCGUCACCACUGAAGUUCCCAGUGUACCCGGCCAGUUGGUCGUCACAGCUGCCAAUCAAAGCAUGAACCUAAAUAGCAAAGCAUGCGCUACAUCAAAACAAAGGGGUCAGAUCAGCAGAGAUUAUGAACAAGAGUUCCCCUCUGUUGAAGUUGGGCCAAGGCUCGUUUGGAGAGGGAGUAAAGACAGACCAGCCACGCUCCUCAGCCAGGAUGUUGACAGCGAGAGGUUCUGGGAGAACCUCGUCCAGGAAACAGAACCCGGCAGGCAGCAGAAAAGGACGAUGAGCUACAAGGACAUCGUUUUCCAUAUUAAAUCCAACAUCACAGCGUUUCAGGCUGGGCUAACAGGUGUUGGUGAAGUAAAUGUGCAGAUUGAGCGUCUACUGAAGGUCCUGCAGAACCUGAUCCUCACUCCCGAGCUCGAGGGGUCUCUCUACAUCCGCUGUGAACUUCGUCUCCCACAAGCCCUCUUCGAGCUGAUCCGAGAUUCUGUUUCAAACUCCCAUUUUCUCAAGGAGCAGAAGAACUUGAUUACACUCGGAGAAAUGAUUAAAUGUGUUCUGAUCUACUGGGAAAGGCAUUGUGAUUGGGUGGAAGAGGAGCUUAGACAGGAAGAGUUCACCGAGGCUUUCAAGACGAUUCUCAGCCAGCCGAAUCUCACUGCGCUGGCGCCACUGGCUGCUUCUGUUCUAGCUCUCUUCACACAGCAUGGUGUUGAUGUUUUUGUCGAUCCGGAGAAUUUGACCGCCUUACUGGAAAUGCAUCCCUCGCCGCUGGCGCUGCCGCCUCCUGGUUGGGGGCAGUAUGACGGGCUCCUGUCUUUGCUCCUGCACACACUCUCUGAGCUUGAAAAUGCUUCAGCGUCAUCCAAGUUAGAUCCCCUCGUGUUGGUGGACUUUUGGAAAAAGGUCGGCUCUUCCCUCUCAAGCGCGACACCAAACCUGGACUUCAUUUCAGCAGACGGACUUUACUCCUUUCUGUCUGUUGUGCUGCUCCUCUUCACCAGGGACCCAUACUCAUGCAUUCCUCUUUUUUCUGACAAACAAUCCAAAAGUGUAUACACACUCUCCUGGUUGCUUGGCAACGACUGUCGUCAUUUAUUAGCCGAGUGUCCCCCCGGGAGCGCUGACACGGAGCCGAGCGGCGACACCCUGUCCACGCUGAGCUGCCACCUGCUCUGCUUCCCGUUCGCUCUGGACCUGCCGUCGCACAGCAUGUCCGCGGUGCUGCAGGUGUACGACAGCUGCCGCGUGGCUUCCAGCCUCCUGCAGGUAAUCCAGACAUCGCCUCCUUCUCUGCUGGAGCUGCCUCUCUCCCUGCUGGGCCGCUUGCUGUUGUGCGAUCCUGAGCGCUCUGUGUCCCGCGUGGGAGAAGAGGCUUCUGGCUUUUUCUCGUCGCCUCAGAGCAACCAGCCGGCCGCCUCCGAACGCCCGACGACUCUGAGCCGGACUGCCGGCUCUCUCCUCUCCGACCUGCUGCAGCAGGACGCGCUGUGGGACUCGGCGGUGGAGCUCCUGAAUCUGUUGUCCCAACUGGCCCGCUGCUCCUCUCUGCCCGGCGCCCCUCGGGUACGUGUUGAGGCCGCUUUGCUGCGGCAGGCGCUGACUCACUCGUGCGACCAGGCGAGAGAAGCCGCGUGUAGAUUGGUGGGCAACCUGAGACCCGACGAAGCGGGCGCCCUGCCGGCUGACGUGUUCGGGCACACGGCGGGCUGUCUCACCGACCCCUGCUCGCAGGUGCGACGAGUGGCGUGCAGGGCUGUGGGGAACUGGCUGGGAUGCGUCGCGGCGAAGUACAAAGCGGGGUCAAGCGGCGGUGGCGCUUCAGGGCGAAGCAAACGAGCGCGUCCACGCAGCAGCCGAGCAGCCGGCGACGCGGCGGCUGGCGAAGACGAGCGGAGGAGAUGGACGGACGAAGCCCGGCGGUCAGCGGCCGCGCUGACCCGCCUGCUCUCCGACCCCGAUGCCGUCACGCGGCGUCACUGCUGCGCCGCCCUGGGAAACCUGGUGAACGUGGACGGCGCGGCGUCGGCGCUGGACGAAGAAGAUGUGUACGGCUCGCUCCUCAGGGCCGCCUGCACCGAUUCACACGGCGCAGUGAGACAGGCGGCCACGGCGGCUCUAAAGCUGUGCAGGGACCAGGAUGCAAUGCAGCAAGGAGUAAAAUGAGCAGUCAGCCAGGAGGUAGAUGUCAGCACUGCAGUGCAUCGUUUCAGAAUGUCUCGCUGUGCAAAAAAAGACUGAAGCUGUAAAAAAUUUACUGUUCUUCUGGUUAUUGUAAAUAUACAGCGUAUAUAUUUAUAUAUUUAUAUAUAUAUAUAUAUAUAUAUAUAUAUAUAUAUAUAUAUAUAUAUAUAUAUAUAUAUAAGAAAGCCCACAGAUCCUUGUAAAAAAUGUCAUUUUCUCAAAUAUAAAAGCUGCAGCUUUAUGCAGCUUCAGUCUCAGCAUUCAGUCAAGUCCAUCUUCAGCUUUCUAGCAGGCGCCUAAAGAUUGUUGCUCUUUUGAACUGUCCACCUGGAGAAAGUCUAGUUCUCCAGGUGGAAAUCCACUCCACAGACCAUGAUGCCGCCGCCACCAAGCUACGCUAGGGUUAGUGUUCUUUAGGCGAUGUGCCGUGCUGUUUCGGACUGUGCCCUAAAAGUUCAAGUCGGGUUCCUACAGACUGUAGUACAGUCGUCUUGUUCUGUUUUUGUCAAGCUGAAAUUCUUUCCUUGGAGAGAAAAAAAAAACCUGUCAUAGAUGAGAUUGUUGCCAUGUCAAGAACCCAAGCAGUGCUAAGCAGAGAUUCCUGUAGGUCUUCUACUGUUGUGAUCCUGCGCUGCCAACUUUUCUCUGAGGCUAUUUAGCUUUGCUUUAAUCGAUGGCAGGUGUGUGCAAGAGAAGACUUGCACUGAACCGGAAUCAAAGCAUCGUCAAUUAAAGUGCAGCCUGGUUAUUGCUGUGUUUCUCUUUAUUUGAACCUCGUCGCACAUCUGUUUCCUGUUGAGCCGGACGUGAUAAAUGUCUCAUUAAAAGCAAUACAAGUUUAAAA